AUGUCACUUAACGAGUUCAAGAUCCCGUAUAAGACAAGGCCUAAGCCAGAAAAGCUAGGAGGGACAUCACAGCCUUGGACCGCGGCGCGCUGUCAACGCUUACUUCGGCCGUUACUUUCGCGGAUCGCUUCUCUAAGAAAGGACGCUGCGGCAUCAUUACUAAGCACCAGGGACGAUGAGCUCGAGCAGGAAAGGAGGGUUGCUACUGAGCAGCAAAGUUCUAAUUGCGAAUGGUUAAGACCGCGUAAGAGAAUCCGCCUUACCUAUUCUCAGAGGCGAUCUCCCAAUCAAGAUGGACAAUCUACACUUGGUAAGGAUUCAAGGGGAACGAGUACGACAAAAUGUCCCCAGGGCGGCGAGGGAAGAACCGUAGUUCCCGGUGAGAUAGUACCGGCUACGCCUUUAUUACGACGCGCACGAGGCCAUGUUGUCCCAUCACCCACAAUUCUUCAUCACCCCAAGGAGCAACCUGAACAGCACAUAGUCGGAUGCAAACGAGAUCAGUAUAAGGACCUUGAGAAACGCCUCGCAGGUUUACGGGCUCAGUCAACUUCGAACAGGCACAAUGACCUGGAGGCAAUUUAUAAGAGUCUAGAAGCGCUCUUGAAGGCAACGCGGCAUGUCACUAGUCGAGGUCGAGGGCCACGUUCAUUCCUCGACAUGUGUCUUAGAAAAGUACCCUCAUAUAUUGAGGAACUCGAGGCCUGGGAGAGGAUGGAAGCCGAGCAGAGCGGGAGUAUCUCCACGCUUGACGGCGUCAGCACUUCAACAGAGAUAUACAACUACCUAGAGUCAAUUGGAUCAAAUCAGGCCCUUGGAUGGAAACAUCUCCGGAUAGUAGUUCGAGCAGACGGCCUUAAUGCGGUGAAGCAAGGAGUUUCGGAGGGACUAUUUAGUGACGACUUCUCAGAAUUACUUAUUGAUCUAUGCAUCCGGUCCGGCGCGUUAUCCGAGGCCGAGGAGCUCAUCGCAGCGCUAAUUUAUCGCCGAUACUCUCAACCAACUAUGGCGGACAGCUCCUUUGCUGAGCUAGGAUGCUUUCGGCCUCUCUCGAUUCUAUGGACUUUUGCUAAUAAACAUGGCCGUACUUCAUUCCUCCUUCGACAAUAUCUGCUAUUGUUAUCUGAUGGCAGCCUCCCUCAAGACUGGCUUGCGACGCAAGAGUUCGAACGCGUAUGGGCGUUGGCUGCUCGGCACUUGUCUGUGGUGGAGGCAGCUGACGAAGCCGUGGCUUUCAUGAAUUAUUCCGUUUCGCUGUUGUGUCGCCGGAGAAAAAUCCUUACAAGAGGAAAUGACACAACUCGCCUGGAAAAAGAUAUUGCCAUGGCCAAUAAGCAGACACUAAUUAGUGCUUUAACAAUGCUAACUGCGAUGAGUUCGUUAGGCGAGAUAGAACUCCAUACAGCAAGCGUUUCAGAAGUUGAAAUCGUGAAGAUAAGCUUCAUCGGCAAUAGGCUUAGAUAUAUCCUCAGGUCGUGUAUGGCUGGUCUAGAGCCGUCAAAGAAUACGCGGUGUGGCCUAGGAAAUGACCUGUUGCAUUUGGCGUACUACAUCUCAUCGAGAGAUGCUCGAGUCGAUAAUAAUAUCAGUUCUCAUCUCAAGUACAGUAUCGGACAAGCAUGGCGACAGCACGCGGACCAUAAUUCCGCGAGAAGCAACCACACGAGACAUCGUCUUACCGAUAUAGCCUCAUUUGUGUCAUCAGUAGCUCGCAGUUGCGGUCGAGGAAUGAACCUGGCGUCUCACAACUGUUUAGACAUGUUAUUCAGACAACUUACGGGCCUCGAACUCGAUCAAGAAAUCCUGGAUAGCAUGAAGACGAUAGCGGCCUUUUCUCUUGCACAACAGACCAAUAACGUCAAAGACUUUAUCUACGCGGAGAAGCUUGCCUGCAACCAACACGCGGCCGCAGGGGAUGACGCUCGUGCGCGACCUCUCUUCACGGGCUACCGGUGGGAGGAAACUAUAGGCGAGUGGGUUACGGUCAGCCCUAGACGUCUGCCCCAGCCGAGGGCAAGGCAGCUUCGAUCGUCGUCAAGGUUAGAUGGAGAUCAUAUAGCACACGGUGCUGAGCAGAGAGCCACUCAGCCCGGGGUGGACACCUAUGGUGAAGCAGAUAGUGUUCCAGGCCCGGAAAUAGCAGGGGCGGAGAGCAAUAAUGAGGUGCAGGGCCCUAAGCACCCCGGUCCCGAACGCGUCAACACCAAAAAACGUGCGCACUCUUGUUCCCAGGGUGACAAGCCACCAGCGGCUACGGGACCCCGCCGAAGCAAAAGCAUCGUCGCUCUAUUACAGUCCGCAAAACCAGCUUACUUCUCACUAGACGACGAGCUCGGCUCCGAUAAGGAAAAUAGCGGUUAUGUCGUUCGCAAAAAACCAAGGAGGAGCAUUGACAAAAAGACCCUGCUUGGCACCAAGCUAAAAUCUAGAUCCAGCCUCGCAAGUUCAGUGAGCUCCGGCAUUCCUGGGGACGAUUGUAGCGAUGACGAGCUUUGCAUGUGA